AUGAAAUCUCUCAACAUGACUGGUCGUUCAGUGAAUCAGAAGAUCCAAAUUUGGUAUGGUCUAACUGGAAAACAAAAUAUUUAGGCGCUGUUAACUCACAUGCUCCUUUUCGAACUAGACGUGCUAAAUUGAACAAAACACCCUGGAUUAAUUCAGCCUUGAAGAAAGGUAUGCGCUGUCGAGAUGCUGCUAAAAGGAAAGCGAUAAAAACAAAGAAUCCUCAAGACUGAGGCAAUUACGUAAAGCUCCGAAAUCGAAUCAACAAUAAAGUGAAAACCACUAAGGCAUCCUGUUAUCAAAAUAGUUUUAUUCAAUCCGAAGGAAAUGCUCGAAGGACUUGGAAAACUAUUAACAACCUCAUGUCUUGUCGUCAGAACAACCAGAUAGUAAAGGAUGUGAAAGUAAUGACAUCUUUAUCUGUAACUCUAACGAGAUUUCCAACGCCUUUAACGAACACUUUUUAACUAUUGGGCCCAGACUAGCGCGCGAAGUACCAUUAACUUCGGACGAGGAGUCUAUUUAUUUAAAAAAUAUAACUGAAAAUUACAAUAAAUUCUGUUUUCGUCUAACUACUACCAGUGAU